UACAACUGAGUGUGCCAGUCAUGAUCCUUAUUACGAGUUCUGAGAAGGAGACUGAUUGAGGCAGACGGAAAGAGAAACCAACGGACAAGUCCGGGGGCUGAAGGGGAAAUGGCCUCUAGCGAGGGCUCACUUUUAUUUUUCAGUUGUCUGAUCACUGGGAUGUGGUCUCAACCUGCCUCCUUCAUCCACUUAACUCAGCUCUGGGACACGCUGAACCCACAUGCGACCUGCUCUGCAGUGGAAAGUCCCAGAGAGAUAUGCCCGCACCACUCCUCUGGGCCCCCAUCCCGGGCAUCACAGCGCGUCCGCUGCUUGCGAACACAUUCUUGGAACCACCACCUGGAUGAAGAAAUGGAACCUUACCGUGCUUCCUACCUCCUACUGACUCCCACUGAACGUCCCCCAAAGGUGCAGAGCCAGAUGAAAGAGCUCCUGGCUACCCUGUGCGCUCUCGUGGCCAAGUUGGAAGAGGACCUUGACAUCUCGAGGAAAGACCUCAUCCUUUCUGAAGCAAGGAACACCAUAUUACAAAGAGAUGUCCGUGAAGCCGUGGCCCAGAAGGAAGACAUGCAAGACAGGAUCACUACCCUUGAGAAGCGCUGCCUCAGGGCACAGCACAAAGCCACCUCUCUGCACGACCUCAAGGAUAAACUUGAAAACGAGAUCGCAAAGAAGGACUCUCUGCAUCGACAGACUGUGGAUCAAAACCGCCAGUUGAAAGAGCGCCUGGAGGUGGCGGAGCGGAGGCUGCAGCAGACCCCGAGGAAGGCCAAGUCGCUGCCCGAGGUGGAAGCCGAGCCGGCCCAGAGGGUGGCCACCCUCUGCAAGGCCGAGCAGAGGCGUGGCAACAUCGAGGAAAGGCUGCGCCAGAUGGAGGCCCAGCUGGAGGAAAAGAACCAAGAACUGCAGCGGGUAAGGCAGAGAGAAAAACUGAAGGAAGAGACUAAUCAACAUCUGUCCGGCACUAUUGACAAGCUCCUUUAUGAAUCUGACAAGCGACUUCAGCAUCAUCUAAAAGAGAGAAUGGCUGCUGCGGAAGAUAAGGAAAACCUUCUACGAAACAUGGAAGCACUGAGGGCCGUAUUAAAGUGGGCAAGAAUGAGAGGCUCUUCGCUUCACCACGGGCGGACGCACGUCGGCAGCAUCCCAGCUUCCAGGUUCCGUCUGGCGGACAGCCCCACGGAUGCCAGCAGCAGCAGCAGCAGCAGCAGCAGCGCGGUGUUGCGGCGCCACCGGAAAGGCCGUGUGGCCCGUCUGCGACAUGAGCCUUCCAAGUUGCUGCCUUUGGAGGAAGAGUCACAAGAUAGCACGGCAAGGACACGAUGUGUACCGUCAGCUCCUUCUUCCCAGAGGUCCCUGAGCUUGGACAGGCUGCAGCAAGGGGCACUGCACAAGGCCAGCCACGAGGACAUCAGGGACGCCACAAAAUCCCCAGGCUCUCGGGAUGGCCCCUUGAGCAACCUCUGCAACAGUAGCAAUAGCCAGGACUCACUGAAUUACGCCCCCAAGAAGAAGGGCAUCAUAAAAUCCAUCCGCUGGUUGCUCGCCAGAAAACAAAAGUCCACCCCAGCCAUGCUAGCGAUGAGCCUGUAUGACCAGCCAAAGAAGAUGCAGCUGGUCAUCGGUCCGUGACAUGCUGACCUGCCCCAGCCCCUCGGCGACGGCGCCACGGGAGGCUCUUUGACUGGAAUGUGAACAAUGGUGGAGAAUGGCCGACUUCCUAUGUAACAAGGCUGUGGCCCUCUCAGGCUUCAAUGGUCUAAGAUGACUCCUAACUUCUGCUUAUCUGCUUGAAUAUUAGUGUGCUCUUCCACCUACUACAGCUAGGCAUCGUGGGUGUCCUCAGUGCGUGGUCUCUAUCAGAGCCUAGUCCUGGGGGCCUGGGCAGCUUGCCUGGAGUGACCUGCAGAACCUGGGAGCUGAGGCCAUGGCAAGCCUGGGCGGGGGGGACCCGGGCACGUCCUCCCCCCACCCCUGCCCCACACCCACCCUGAACUCCCUGGCACCACAACACUCAGAAGACCAAUCAGGUAGCACUGGGCUCCCACCGCGGGGCAGGGUGCUGGGUGUGCACCCAGGAGGAAGGCGCGAGACCCUGGAAAUAAUGUAGUGCAACUCUAAUAAAGGUCUUACUGUUCUUACGGAAA